GGCGCUUUCCCUUGGCACCGCUUUGCGGGAACUGUUGGAGAAAGAGUUGCUUCUUCCUGCGUCCCCGGCUUCCCAGCGGCGCCCGUUGCCGGGGAACGCAGGCGCCGUGGGAAGGCAUGGCGGGAGCUAACAGCUUAGGAGCUGGCACCUGCGUUGAGGUGGUCUCGAAGGGCCUGGACUCGGCAUGAAACAACGGAAAGGCCAAGGGCCUGGGGGCGGCCGUGGUCGCAAGAAGAGAGGUUUGAGUGACAUCUCACCAUCAACAAGCCUGCCACCUCUGGUUGAAGGGCAGUUGCGCUGCUUUCUCAAACUUACUAUUAAUAAAGUCGUAUGGAAGAUUGCAAAGCCUCCCACUUCUGUACUUGUCCGAGUAAGAUGGUGGGGAGAAACGUCAGAUGGAACCCUCUUUUGUCCCAGGGAUGCAUUGCAGACUGAACCAAAAGUUGUGAGAACAACUACCCGUUAUGCUAUCCGUUGUGGUCCAAAGCAGUUCACCUCAUAUUUAACAGAUAUGGCUGUGCUGGUGUUGGAAGUCAUCACCAAACUUGAUCAUCUUCCGGUUGGCAGAGUUCAAAUCAGUGGACUUGCCCAGCUGUCUCCAACCCAUCAAAUCAAUGGAUUUUUUACCAUUGUUUCACCAGUAUCUAAGAAACUUGGAGAACUUCAGGUUUCACUUGCCCUAGAACCUCUGUCAGAUACUUACGACAGCUAUAAGCCUCUUCCUACCACCGACAUGACAGAAAAUGUGCUUUUAUCUGAGCGAGGACUCCGAGAGAAUACUGAAUCCAGCAAUGCUCUAUCUAUGAUUCCAUCUUGUGGGGAACCUGCCAUCAAAACUGAAGGAAAAGAAUUAGCAGGCACCAGCAGUAGAUCAGCCACACCAAGGGGGAAGGACCACUUGUACUUUGCAGAGGACCCCGAUGCAGUAAAGAGUUCUUUGUGUGGACCACAGCAUCACCUUAAUUCAGAGCCAAGUUUAGAGACUGUAUUGUUGAGAGGCAAAGCCCCACAGAAGCAGAUGUCCCUCCUAAACAGUUCUGAAUUUCAGCCACAAAUUAGUACAGUCACCAAGAGUCACAGUGACUCAUUCAUCCUGUCUUCAAACAACCCUCCUACAAAGGACCUUCUUUCAGCUCUGUUAGAACAAGGCAAUAAACUGAGGAAUGCCAUGUUGAUUUCUGCAAUGAACUCGAGCCCAGAUACUAGCAUGCUGCUGGACAAAGCUCCUCCUCCUAUGCUGGAAGAUGGUUUCAGAUCCUCAGUGCCGAAUUCAUCUAAAAACCAAUUUAAAGACCACAGUGGUGACCACCUCCUCCCCUUGACUGAGAACAUGUUUUGUAAAGAUGACAUAAAAGUUGACACCAGAGCCAUACAGCUGCUGCUAGGCAGUGCUGAAUUAUCCCAGGGUCAUUUCUGGAAUGGAUUAGGCUCGCCUCCAGACUCCCCAUCUCCUGGAAGUGAUGUGUACUGCAGCAGUGACCUGAAUGACCCUCAGUAUGACCAGAGUCUCCUGGAGAACUUGUUUUACACAGCACCUAAAUCUGAAGUCAGUGCCAGUGACUUCCUCAGUGAAGAUGAGAGCAUGGAACCUUCUAAAACAGUGAACCAGUCAAAAGCCUCUGGCAGAUCUAAGGUGGUAGGGUCAAGUGAGCACAAGCUGAAGAAGAUGGCAGCUGUCAAGAAAAGCAGAAGUGUGGUUGAUGAACAAGUGCUCUCAAGAAUUCCAGGACAUACCCCAGCGACGUCACUAAGUGUGGAUAGACUGGCACUUCUGGGUAGAAUACAUUCCGUCAGAAUCAUCAUUGAAACAAUGGGCGUCCCUCCAGAUAGUCCCCAUGUGACACCAAACAGAAAAAGCUUUGCCGGGAAACCACCAAAGCCAGCAGCAGCAACAGCAGCAGCAGCAGCAGCAGCAGCAGCAGCAAAAAAGCGCACUUUCUUUGUGGAGUAUCACUUUCCUGUGGGCUUUUCCAGACGUGGACUGGGAAAGACAGCUUUGAUCACUGAGGUCGUGCGACUUGCCUCCAGUAAAGUCGCAGAUGGAGUGGUGAAAUUCCAGCAGCGAUUUGUGUGUCCAAUAGAGUUUGGUGGCCCAAUGAUAGAGCACUGGUGGAAUUCUAACCUCACCUUCCAAAUUUAUGCAAAGAAAGCCCCACAGAAAAAGCCAGAAGCCGUUGGAUCUGCAUCUCUUCCUUUGCGAGCUGUCAUUCAGUCCGAGCUGCUUUCUUUCCGUAACCAGCUUCCAGUGCAGCAGGAACAUGGCUCAUCUGCACUUGGCCCCCUCCAGGUCACCAUGGAGCUUGUUUUAGGCAGCAAGGGUUUCACUGGUGUCAGCGCUAAGUUAAGCAGCAGCACCCAACAUACUCCACUUUCUGCUGCUACAAGUCCAGAUAUGGCACGGAAAACACUCCAGGAUACGACCUGCACCCAAAACCCACAGAACUCAAAUCAAAUUCAUGAGGAAACUUCAAGGAAAACACAAAAUUUAGUGCUCCCCAACCCGAAGUCAGCGAACCCUGUAUCCUCAAAUUCUCCAGACGUCAUGACUGUUCCGCAUCACAGUUCAGUACAUCAAACCAAUGGGUCAAGCAAAGAAAGUGCCUUACUAUUACAUGUGCUGUUGAUGGUGCCAGAUGGGAAAGACUUUGUUUCUAGAGAGCCGGAGAAACCACCACCGUGCAAUGUGUACUUAAAGUGCAAGCUCUUCCGCACAGAGGAAGUCACCACGUCUGCCGUCUCGUGGGGCACGGCGCAGCCUGUCUUUAAUUUUUCUCAGGUGAUUCCCGUUUCACUGUCUUCCAGAUACCUGGAAAGACUUAAGAACAAUGUGAUGAUAAUUGAAACUUGGAACAAGGUGCGGAGCCCAGGACAGGACAAGCUGCUCGGGCUGGUGAAACUCCCUCUCCAUCAGUUUUACAUGUCAUUCAAAGAUCCCAAGAUUUCUCGCCUGCUGCUUGAUGCCAGGUACCCAGUUGUUGCUGUCGACAGCUAUAUGCCUGUGAUUGAUGUGUUCUCAGGCCACCAAAAUGGAAGCCUUCGAGUCUUUUUAGCCAUGGGUUCUUCAGAUCAGAUAAUGAUGCUACAAAGAUUAAAGAAUGAAGAAGGAACACUCCCUCCCUUCAGCCCUAGGCCAGCCCAUUUCCUGGACCAGCCACCUGUAGCAUCUGUUCCUAUGCCGGAAGGCCAAGGAAACCGACUGAUGGAGCACCACUUUGAGUUCCAUGUGGUGAUGGUCAAAGGGCUCGUGCCCCUUCAGACAACAGUCUGGGGAGAAGCAGAUUGUUACGUCCAGUACUACUUUCCAUUCCAAGACUCCCAACCCAGUGUGCUCCAAGGACCUGACUUCCUUGAAAAUGGAAUUACUCUGAAGCCCUUUAGAACUUCAACCACACUGUGUGUCCCAGAUCCCAUCUUUAAUAGUGAGCACCAUCACUCUCUCCUGUUGCCAACUGAAGUUCCAGUGCAAAGGCUCCUGCUAAGUGCCUUCUCCUCCCAGGGGCUUGUGCCUGGAGGUGGAGUCCAGUUUGAAGUCUGGUGCAGAUACUAUUAUCCUAAUGUAAGGGACCAGAUGGUUGCCAAAGGAACCUUGCCAUUAUCAAGGAUUUGUGCCAUGGUAACCAUGGAGCACCGUGAAGAUGUGGGAAUGCAGAACUUUAAUCUUCCAUUAACCCCCAGAUUUGAGAACAGUAAAGAAUUGAAGAACCAGCCAUCAGGUUUGCUGGAUGUGGGUUUGAGGUACCGACGUAGCCCAAGAACAACAGAGGGAGUUCUUGCUGCCCGAACCGUCUCCAUCUCAGUCCAGAUUAUCAGAGCCUGUGGUCUGCAGGCAGCAGCUAAGGCUUUGGCUGAGCAGGAGCCUGCUGUACAGUUUGGUGCCACCGUCGGAGUCAAUGCUUCUGUCACCACGCAUCUCUCCUUCCUGCCCAAGGCGGAGCAGCGCCGAACCCGCCCUGUGGCCUGUUCCUUCUGCCCUGAGUUCUCCCAUCACAUUGAGUUCCCCUGUAACCUGGUGACUCAGCACUGUAGUGGAGAAGCCUGUUUCCUGGCAGAGCUAUUGGAAUAUGCAGAAAUUAUUUUUGCAAUCUAUCAUGAAAAUACCAAGUCAGUCAGUGAUAUAGCCAGUAUCCAGUCGUGCAAGGAUUAUCUUCUUGGAGUAGUAAAAGUUCCAACAAAAGACCUACUGGUCAAGAGAUCUGGGAUCACAGGAUGGUAUCCUGUCAUUUUGCCAGAAGAUGAAGGCCUGCCUCAGGACCUGGAGUAUAUGCAGAAGAUUGUAGGAGGCCUGGAGCUUUCUGUUUCCUUCACGCAUCCUGGAGAUAGAGAGCGGGUGUUGGAAGCUGCUGAGCUGUUGGGCUGGACCUUUAACAACAGCCUGAAGGAUCUUGUCAAGAUGGAAGAAGAGGUGCCAGCCACUGUCACCAUCUCCACCCCACGACUCUGGCUUCCUGUCCAUUGUGUGCUGCUCGCUGGCCACAAGAACAUUCAUAAGAAUACAUACUGCUAUCUUCGCUACAAACUGUACACUCAAGAAGCCUUUUGGACCCCUCUACGGAAGCCUAAGGAAUCUACAAACAGAAACCAGGUCCUGAUCACUUUCAAGGCAUCUAAAAGAGCAGAAGUCACUCGGAGCCAGUCACUGCUUUGGUACUUCAGGGAAGAAAAGUUAGAGAUCCAAGUGUGGCGAGCUUAUGGCAAUGACAAUUUAGAGAGGCCACACCAGACUGACAGCUGGAUCGGCUCAGCCUAUGUAGACCUGUCCAGACUUGGGGAAAAAUCAGCAAGGACACUGACUGUCAGUGGUGUGUAUCCUCUGUUUGGAAGAAAUGCUUCCGACCUCUCGGGAGCUGCCUUGCGAAUUCAUGUGGUUCUUUCCCCUCUUUCCCCUCUCACUGAGCCCACUCGUGAUCUGGACUCCAUGGACUGCAGCAGCCACAGUGAGUCUGAGCAACUCCCCAGAAAGAGCGAUGAGCUCCAGCUGUCUCGACCCUGUGUCCUCCAGAAGACUCCGGCCUCCACCCAGGUCAGCUGCAACAGCGCUGCAGCUGAGGUGUGCCCUGCCCAGGAGGCCCCUUCCGAGUUGGAGGGGACUUUUGCAGUCAGCAUCCUGGUGGAGAGAGCCAUGCACUUGAGUUUGAAAGGGAGCCCCUUGACGGAGCGGAAAGUGUCCGUGCCCAGUUGUUGUGUAUCCUUUGUAACAUCCACUGAGCCAUCUCCUGUAUAUACCCAUGUGGUUGAAAACACCGACUCACCCAUUUGGAAUUUUCAACAGCAGUCAAGGUUAUCAAAAGAGCUGCUUCUGGACCCACAUCAAACCUUGGUUUUUAAAGUGUGGCAUAAAGGAGAUGAGGAGAGGGUGGUUGGCUUUGCCUCGGUGGACCUCUCCCCACUAUUGUCUGGCUUUCAGUUUAUCUGUGGCUGGUACAAUAUUACAGACUUCAGUGGAGAGUGCCAAGGGCAAAUCAAAGUUGCUGUUUCCCCUUUGGAGAGUCUGAUGCACUUAAAAGAAGAAAGACAAGCGAGACGAGGGACAGUGGCCCCAGGAUCACUGAUACCUUUGUUCAGCCCCUUUCCAUUCCCUGCCUCUUCUCUCUGUGACACAUUCCCUGGGCCUAUUGCAAGGCACACCCAAGACGAGCUUGCGCACACUUUUCCAAAGGAGGUUGAUUUCUCCUCUCCUGCAAGAAAUGGUGCCAUCAGAAGCCAGGUGGCACGCCAUGAGGAGCAUGUGCAGAACAUCCGCCGAUUCCACGAAUCCCUGCAGCAUGGGGAAGCAGUCUCGGCAGGUGAUGAGAAGCUGACCACAGUGCCUUUGUCCUCCCACACCUCCAUUCUGACUUCGCUCAGGAAGAAUCUGAGUGAGCUUGAUGAGAUCCAGAAGUACUUCACCCAGAAGCUCAGCAAGCCUCUCCUGCCCUUGAGCUCUCCCAGUUCUCCUGUUCUCUCAAAGAGCCAGGAGAGCCCAGGAGCCAGCAGCCAAGACCCCGAGAACCAGUGCAUCCUGGAGAAAUCCAGUAACCUGGUGUUGCAAGUCAGUUCCCUAAUCUCAGAUCUGCAGACGAUCACCAGAGACUCACAAGCAGCUUUGGCUUCUCGCCAAGCCAGGAGUAGAAGCAGAGCAGUCACCACCCUCCCAGGUGCUCAGGACACAAAAGCCAUGCGAGGACGAAGCACCAGUCCAGAGGAGCCGGUGGCAGGAGUUGGAGAGACAAGCACAAAUUCCCUGCCUGCCCCUGUUCUUGAAGAGACUUCGGAGGGAGGAAGAGUGCUCCGUGAGUCGGUGGAGCAUGCACUGCCUGUCACAAGGGUGCACAGCGGUGAGGACACCGAGGUGGACUCAGACCUCAGUGAAGAAGACUAUGAGGAAGACUUCCUUGAGCCCAGGACCCUCAAUGAGAUCACCACAGUGACCGACAAAACUAGUCCCUGGUCCAGUUUCAUGUCAGACAUGAGUGAAGUCUUUAGCCCUCGACCCAGUGAGAUACCGAGGGAAGGACCUUUCCCUAGAGAGGAACUUAAGGUCAGAAGUAGCUCAAUGUCCAGACCACAAAAGGUAGUCAACCCCCAAUCUGUACAGGACUCCCCUAGCCAAAGGCCUAGUGAGGGUGGAGCCUGUAAGACCACAGUUGAAGAGUCUGCCUCAACCAAGCCUCGGCCUGUCCCAGGCCUAACAUUCUCAGAGGCCCAAGAGAGCAAUGAUUCUGUUGGACAGAGCUCACCACAUAUAAAUGAGGACAAGAGGCCCAUGCCAGAGAUCCUGGCUGAGAGUGAAGCCAUCUCCAGUGAGUCCAGUGACUCUUCGGAGAGUCCUCUACACCUGCCCUCCCAAAGCGAAAGGGGAAACCACAAGGAACCACCCAAAGACUUUCCUGCUGUGAGGCAGAAUCUCCUCCCGGAACCUAUUGUGGUGCCCAACUUCUUUUUGCCUCCCCAACAACUGGAGGCCUCUCUGCGCAUGAUCUCCCACUCUCCAGCUCUGCCACCACCAGCCACAACUGACCAGGACAAGAGUGAAACCACCAGGGGAGCCCUUGCCCAGAGGCCUUGUCGCCCCAGACCUAACUCUCUCCCUCCCAACCUUCCUGAGGAAGAGACUCGCAGAAUCGCUCGAAUAUUUUCUUCCAAGUAUUCCCAGGAACCUCAUGAAGCCUAGGGGACUGAGGGGAGGGGCUACCAGCCAGCCUCCCUCGUCUUUGUUUAACUUACAAGAGGCACCAGGUCUGUUUCCCUCGGCAUCUUGAGACCUAAUUAGCUAAGACUAGAGAGAUGUCUGGAGCCACUAACUUCUGCCUACUAGGACUUCAGCUUCCUUCUGUAACGAGGCAACUGCUGGAAAUAAAAUGGACUCCAGCACCCGAGUGGCCCGCCCAUCCAUCUUCUGACUGGGGCCUGAGGAGGCACCUCUGAGCAGAGAAACCAGUAUCCUUGACACAGCCUCUUGCUUUAGCCAUAGCCACCCUAUUUUUGCUUUAAAUAUUGGUGGGAGCAGUAAGUGCGUGCAUAGCUGAGAAAAUGCCAAGGCCCUUUCCGCUUGUUUAUUUGGGAAUGUGUUUGUAGACAUAAAUUAUUUUUAUGAUUUAGUGAAUUAAUCAAUAGCACAGGGGGGAUCACCUCCUUUAAACUGUUUGUCUGAAAUCUAACCAUGUUUUUAACUUAAUGUUUGUUUUUUACUCAGCUCUGAAAUUAAUUGUUCUUGCCUUUGUUUUAAUAAAACUGGUAUUUGUAUUUGUGCACAAGUAUUUUCUGGGUUGGUCACUGGGAAAAGGUGCUGGAAUUCAUUUGUAGUCUUUGCUGCACAAACAAAGGUUGACAACCAUUCCUCAGCCAUUUGGAACAAGGGACCAGAGUCACCGUGAGGCUUCUGAGUUCUCCCUGGUGUCGGAUUGGCCCACAUUGGAGUGACACCAGUAUCCCCUCUUGAUUGUUGGGUUUUGCUUGUUUGUUCUUGGUUUUGUCUUUUCCUCUGAUGAUCCUUGAAAUCUCUCAGCAUAGUGAAAGUCUAUUAUCCAGUCCCUCAGAGUCCCCUGGGUCUCAGAAGGGCGUCUCUGUCAGACCACAGUCACUUGGGCAGAUACCAUUGAUAAAGCCCUAUGGGGACGACUCUGAAGGGGCACAGAUGUAUAGCACCAGCUGGGUGACGAGGCUGGAAGGUACCUACCAGAGGACCCUGCUUGUCACCCCUAAGCGUUUUGUCAUUUCACUGAUCCUCAAAACAACUCUACAUUCUAUAGCCUAGAUAGGCUGCUACGUCCAGGGAAGGAUUCCUGAAAGAAAUCAGUGCUGGAGUAAACCCAGAGAAUGGCCAGGCCACAGACAUCUGCAGGUAGAACCAAAAGGAUGUUCUGGGCUGUACCAGAGUCCAGCCUGGCAGUGUCUGUGCCUCUGGUCUCAUCUGGAAGGCACAGACAUCUUUAGACUCUGGCUUCAUAGGAUUGCUGUGAAGAUCAAAUGGGACAUUUCUGAAAAUACUUGGCUGGCAUUUGGCACAGAAUGUAAGCUUAGGAAAUGUCAGCCCUGCCCCCUCUUCCCAAGCUCCUGGAGUGAAUUAGAGGUAAGAACGCCAGUACCCAGCCUCCCUUUAUGGGCCAUGUACCCUCUGCCCAGUCUGCCCUCAUAUUUAUUUCUGCUCCUUGAACUUCACCCUGCAAACCCACCCCCUCCCCAACCAGGGCAGGGCUGGCCUCAGCCACAGGCCUCACACUUAGGGAGACUAGAGAGAGCUCCCAGUACCUGGAGUUCCACAUCUCUCAGGGAAAUAAGAAACCUCCAGGUUCCAGGCCUAAGGGGUAAAGCCUCAGGUGAAGAAGAUCCCUGCCAAACCCUGCUCCAUCCUGUAAAUAACCCGAUGGGGUCAAGUGAGGACAGGGCCACAGACUGCAGACAGCGCUGGUGACAAGGAAAAGGUGAACAACACAAGACGGUGUGUGUUACUGACCAGUAGCUCUGAGGUGACUGUCACUGUUACUAGAAUGAACCAGUGUCUCCCUGACU